UCAGUCACUCGUACUCGCUCGUGAGUCGUGACUUCGUGAGCAGCCCAGAUCGCCGCAGGACCACCUCUUCUGCGUCGGUGCCCGCAGCUUCGGCUUCGCGGAGUCCAUGUCCAAGGCGGCGUGCGAGUGCGAGACGGCCACCGUGCUCCCUGACGCCGGUGCCGUCCAACUAUGCGCCCGCGGUGGUGCUGGUAGCGCCAGCCCUCGUGCCGACGACGCGGGCGCGCCAGCGGAGUCGGUCCUGCUCCGGGUUCCGGACGGCGUCGGCUUGGGCCAUCUGUUUGGCGCGGCGCUGCGGCGGGACGCGUCCACCAAGGGCAGCUCCAACCCCAAGGCGGCCGCCGAGGCGGCGGCGCGCAAGGGCGCGCCGAGCGCGGACUCGAGGAGGUUGUUGCCGGCCACGACGGCGGCGGCCAGCAGCAAGACCGCCGUGGUCAUCGGCGUCCUGCCGGCGAGCAAGGUCAAGGUGGCGGUUGCCAAGGAGCGUCGCGCUCCCGGCCGCGCCGUCGUCGCCCGCGCGUGGCGCCGGCCGGCGGCAGGGGCCAGGGUCUUCGCGAGCGAGGCCGUGGGGCCGGAGCCCGUGUCCCCGAAGGUGUCCUGCUUCGGGGCCGUACUGUCGGAGAGAUCUGCCGCGGCGCGGCGAGAGGGGGGAGAGGAAGGGGAAGAGAGCGGCGCCGGCGGGUGCUGGGCGAGCCUGGGGGCCGCGCUUCUUGGCCUAUGUUGCAGCGGCGAUGGUCGUGAAGGCCGCCACCUGUGCCGCGCUAGCGAACCAAAUCCGAAGGCCACGGCUCUGGAGCCUCAUCGGCGGCAGUGCGUCGCCGUGACGUCGCCACCGCGGCCGGUGGCGGGGCUUGGAGACGUGAAGCGCCUCGCUUCGCGGCGUUGGCCAGAGACCAUGGCGCGGGAGACGGUUUGAAUGUCCUCCCCGUGCUUCGUGAGGCACACGGGCACGGCGGCAGACUUGUACGACGUCCACGGACAACGGUUGCCGAUGCAGCGCCAGGGAAACUCCUCGGACCUGCUCCUGACCGUUCUAGUGUUGGAGUCCUGUGGCUGUGGUGUGUGUGCAUGUGUCACUUUUUUUCUGUUUGUUUGUAAGCUCCAUCUCGUGCCAUGUGUAUCGACAUUGGACUCCGGUCCUGUUUCCUUUGUCA